AUGUUGAUAAACCGCCCAGUACAAAGUCUUCUUCUACGAAGAGGUCUAUAUCAAACCCAACUAAGAUUCAACUCAUCCAAGGAGAAUAAGCCAAAGCAAAACAAUGACAAAUCAUCAGAAGUUUCCAAACGAGAUGAUGCUCAAGAUGUUCAACGAUUCAAAAUCAAACAAACCACAUCCAAAUCUGCUCCGGCUCCGAUGGAGUCCACCGGGAUUGAACAACUCAUGAAAAAGAAUAAUAAGCCAUAUAUCCCCAAAUUCAAACAUCAGAGGGUAACUUUUGAAUACCCUGAUCUUCCCAAUGAAGAUCAAUAUAACAACUUGAACAAUAAACCCAAAAGAAUUUCACGAUGGACAAGAUACAUACCCAAGAUAUUAACCGUGAUUGGUGUUGCUUGGGCUGGGUAUACUAUCAAAGUAUGGUACUUGGAUGAUCCAGAAGAAGGACAAGAUAGUAAUGAGUUACUAGACCCAAAUGAGUUCCACAAAUUUAUCGUUACUCAUAAAGAACAAAUUGAUGAUGAUCAUUAUAUUAUUGAACUCAAAUCAAAGUAUGAUAGAUGGGAAUAUAGCUUUGCUACUAAUCCAGAUAAGAAAUCCCUUUGGAAUGGGGAUCACAUAUGGUCAGUUGAAAUAAAACAGCCCGAUAUCAACGUCGUUAGAUCAUAUACCCCAUUACCCAUGUAUUACAUGAAGUCAGAAUAUACUCGAUCGGGUGAAAAAAAGCCACUUUUGAAAAUCUUGAAUCCUGAAGUUGACGAUCUAGACAAGAAUGGUACAAUGUGUCUUUACGUAAAAAGAUAUAAGCAAGGAGAAGUGUCACGAUAUAUAACUGAUCGAGAAAUUGGCGAUGAAUUAGAAUUGAGAGGCCCAACAAUUGAAUACAAGUUUCCCUAUCAUCCCUUGAAAAAAAUCCACCAACGUCCCAUAUUCAAAGAUCUAGCAUCAAAAGUCGAACCUGAUAAUUUAAUUGAAUCAAUAAAGCGAGAUCUGAAUUUGCCUGAUGUUGAUAAUUUGAAUUUUUAUGCUGCUGGAACUGGAAUUGCCCCCAUUUUACAGGUUUUGUUUUCCAAGAACCCGUAUAUGGGAUAUGUUAAUAUUCAUUAUUCAGCUCAAAAACCAGGUGAAAUUGGUAUUUUGCUGAGAUUUUUGCUCUUUUUGAAUAAGUUGGAUCGGGUUAAUAUCAAUCAUCAUUUUGAUAGCGAGCCAAAGACGAUAUUGACUGGUAAAGACAUUUCGCUACCAGCCAAAUCCAGCUACUAUUCACCAAAGAAAUUAGACGAAGCCACGGCUAAAUUAUCUCCAGAAGAAGCUUUGAAUGUGAGAAUUCAAGCUAUGAAAGAUGAAGAGGAAAUGAAGCUGGAAAAAGUAAAGAAAUUGGUGCAGUCAGCUAGUGAGCGUGGUGAACGAUUUGAAACUGGGUUGGAACAAGCAAUGGCUACUGCCACCAAGCCCAAGAAGCCAGCUGCGUUGGCAAUUGUUUGUGGGCCCGAUGGAUAUGUCGAAUAUGUGUCUGGACCUAAAGACUUAGUACGUAAGGCUCAAGGACCCAUCACAGGAUUACUUGGGGAGAAAAAGUGGGAUAAUUCUAAUGUAUAUAAAUUAUAG